AUGCACUACCCCUCCCACGAAAUCCCAAUACACGCCACGGUCACCUACGGCACUGGCUGGUGCAGGCAAUCGGUCCCUUAUAACGCGCCAUGCCACGAAACACUGGGGCAAGUAUUCGUGACCUUGUUUCCAGAAGUCGCGGAGCAUGCCGUCCACCUCAUCACAGCACGAGGGUGGAACCAGCCAACAGAGACAAUG